UAGUGCGUAUAAUAUUUUUCCCGUGAUAAUACUCAAUAUAUAAACUCAUUUCACAUCUCAGAAACAUGAAAGUGAAACAUCUCAUAUAGAAAACACACACACACCCAUGUUGGAAUUUUGAGGGUCACGUUUUCCCGGCAAAAUCCCUAACUGAAAGUACGAAAUGUCGAAAAUACACCUCUUCAUGCUGAAGUUUCCUUUUCAUUUGCUUUUGUUGCUCAGCGUCAUAGUACCCUUUCAAGUAAUUUCACAAUCAGAAAAUACCGAACAAACAAUCCUACUCACCCUCAAACAUGAACUGGGGGAUCCACCGUCGCUCCGGUCAUGGAUACCGUCACCGUCGGCGCCGUGCGACUGGGCGGAGAUUCGCUGCGCCGGCGGCUCCGUCACCAGGCUCCUCCUCUCCGGCAAAAACAUCACCACCACCACCAAGAACCUCUCUUCCACAAUCUGCAACCUCAAACACCUCUUCAAGCUCGACUUCUCCGGCAACUUCAUCUCCGACGAGUUCCCAACAACGUUGUACAACUGCACCAACCUCCGGCACCUCGACCUGUCGGACAACAACCUCGCCGGACCAAUCCCUGCCGACGUCGACCGCCUCGAAACGCUCGCUUAUCUCAACCUCGGCAGCAACUACUUCUCCGGCGAGAUACCGCCGGCCAUCGGAAACCUACCGGAGCUGCAAACACUUCUCCUUUACAAAAACAACUUCAACGGAACCAUCCCCAGGGAAAUUGGAAACUUGUCCAAUCUCGAAAUCUUGGGUUUGGCUUAUAACCCUAAGCUCAAACGCGCGAAAAUCCCGUUGGAGUUUUCCAGGUUAAGAAAAUUAAGGAUCAUGUGGAUGACGCAGUGUAACUUGAUGGGAGAGAUUCCAGAUUAUUUCGGGAAUAUUCUCACGAAUCUGGAACGGUUGGAUUUGUCGCGGAACAACCUAACAGGGAGCAUUCCUCGGAGUUUAUUUUCGCUGAGGAAGUUGAAGUUCUUGUACCUCUACUAUAACAGGUUGUCGGGUGUAAUACCUAGUCCUACGAUGCAGGGUUUGAAUUUAACCGAACUUGAUUUCGGUAACAACAUUUUGACGGGUUCCAUACCCCGAGAGAUUGGAAACUUGAAGAGUUUGGUUACCUUGCACUUGUAUUCGAAUCAUUUGUAUGGUGAGAUUCCCACAAGUUUAAGCCUACUUCCUAGUCUCGAGUAUUUCAGGGUUUUCAACAAUAGCUUGAGUGGAACACUCCCUCCAGAGCUAGGCUUGCAUUCGAGGCUUGUUGUGAUUGAGGUUUCAGAGAAUCAUCUCAGUGGUGAGUUGCCGCAGCAUUUGUGUGUAGGUGGUGCUCUCAUUGGUGUGGUGGCUUUUUCCAACAAUUUUAGCGGCCUUUUGCCUCAAUGGAUUGGGAAUUGUCCUUCCCUCGCCACGGUUCAGGUUUUUAAUAAUAAUUUUUCCGGGGAGGUUCCUUUGGGUUUGUGGACUUCGAGGAACCUUUCUUCAUUGGUUUUGAGCAACAACUCAUUUUCCGGUCCUCUUCCUAGUAAAGUGUUUUUGAAUACAACGAGGAUUGAGAUCGCCAACAACAAGUUCUCCGGUCCGGUAUCUGUUGGGAUUACUUCGGCGACAAAUUUGGUGUAUUUUGAUGCGAGAAACAACAUGCUUUCAGGUGAAAUUCCGAGGGAAUUGACGUGUCUUUCUCGGCUUAGUACUCUCAUGCUUGAUGGUAACCAACUUUCUGGUGCACUUCCAUCUGAGAUUAUUUCAUGGAAAUCACUGAGUACCAUCACACUCUCAGGAAACAAACUUUCUGGCAAGAUCCCUAUUGCUAUGACUGCUCUUCCUAGCUUGGCUUACUUGGACUUGUCUCAAAAUGACAUAUCAGGUGAAAUCCCACCUCAGUUUGAUAGGAUGAGGUUUGUUUUUCUCAACUUGUCCUCGAACCAGCUAUCUGGGAAAAUCCCUGAUGAGUUUAAUAAUCUCGCAUUUGAAAACAGCUUCUUGAACAAUCCUCAUCUGUGUGCUUACAAUCCAAACGUCAACCUUCCUAACUGCUUGACCAAAACCAUGCCACACUUUAGCAAUUCAUCUUCAAAAUCACUUGCCCUGAUUCUGGCCGCCAUUGUCGUUGUGUUGCUGGCCAUAGCCUCCUUGGUCUUCUAUACAUUAAAAACACAAUGGGGCAAAAGACACUGUGGGCAUAAUAAGGUUGCAACGUGGAAGGUCACAUCAUUUCAGAGGCUUAAUCUCACGGAAAUAAACUUCCUCUCAAGUUUGACAGACAAUAACCUCAUAGGAAGUGGAGGGUUUGGGAAAGUUUACCGGAUUGCUACAAAUCGUCUGGGUGAGUAUGUUGCGGUGAAGAAGAUAUGGAAUCGCAAGGAUGUGGAUGACAAGUUGGAGAAAGAGUUUUUGGCUGAGGUUGAGAUCCUGGGUAAUAUUCGGCACUCAAAUAUAGUGAAGCUUUUGUGUUGUUAUGCUAGUGAGGACUCCAAACUUCUUGUUUAUGAAUACAUGGAAAAUCAGAGCCUGGACAAAUGGCUCCAUGGAAAGAAGAAAACAUCACCUUCCGGGUUAAGUUGGCCAACGAGGUUGAAUAUUGCCAUUGGGGUUGCACAAGGUCUGUAUUACAUGCACCAUGAAUGCUCACCCCCAGUCAUCCACCGAGAUGUUAAGUCUAGCAAUAUAUUGUUGGACUCAGAGUUCAAAGCUAAAAUAGCAGAUUUUGGUCUUGCCAAGAUGUUGGCAAACCUCGGUGAACCACACACCAUGUCUGCUCUAGCAGGCUCUUUUGGCUACAUUCCACCAGAAUAUGCCUACUCGACAAAGAUUAACGAGAAGGUCGAUGUAUAUAGCUUUGGGGUUGUGCUCUUAGAGCUUGUGACAGGAAGAAAGCCUAAUAAAGGAGGUGAGCAUGCAUGCAGCCUAGUUGAAUGGGCGUGGGAUCAUUUUAGUGAAGGGAAGAGCCUUACCGAUGCAUUCGAUGAGGAUAUCAAAGAUGAAUGUUAUGCGGUACAAAUGACGAGUGUCUUCAAAUUAGCUCUCCUUUGCACUAGUUCUUUACCCUCAACUAGGCCUUCCGCGAAGGAUAUUUUGCUAGUUCUUCGCCAAUGUUGUCAUUCAGGUUCUACAUGUAGAAGAGCGGGAAACGAGUUUGAUAUCGCUCCUCUUCUUGGUGAUACAAGGUACAUCUAUAGUUACAAGGAGUAACGCUGCAAGCAAUAACUCAUCUUGGUGAUACAAGGUACAUUUCUAGUUGCAAGGAGUGUAAUGUAUGUAAAAAUGAAGAAAGAAGCUUGUACUGGGUGUAAAUCAUGCGUGAUGAAUAAUUCAAUGAGUACUACAAAAAUUUGAAUUACAAAUGAAAGUAUGCUGUAGAAAUUUGUUGUGUUCCAUCAUUCAACCCUUUCAUUGGAGAAGGCAUGCAAGUUUUGGAUAUGAUUAACUCAAUUUAAUAACUUAUAUUGGGGAUUUGUUUAAUCAAUACGAUUGUCCAAGUGAUCAGCAUAAUCCAGAACAAUUCCCUGCUUCAUUAUGUUUAUUACCCAUACUCUGAACCAAACUAAACACCAAACAAAUUAAUUACGCAAACAUAAAAGAAAACCGUGUGAGAACACUAAUGAAAGAAACCAUUUUCACAAGGCAACUGUUCACUAAAUUGAAAGACCAACGAAUCCCCCCAUUGACAGAAUAACCCUCCACACCGUAACUUCCAAAGCAAGGAUAGAUAAGAUUCUGCCGCCAAAAUAAUUUUUGUUUUACCGUUUUCUCUUCCAAAUAACCUAGCCGAAAUAGCUAUUUGUUACAUUUACAUAACUUAUCGAUCACAUCCACAUCACAAGCAAACAACAAAGGUCCCAC